AGUCUAGUAGCGUCGAAACCAUAAGUUUAGUGGAAUAAUACUGGAGUUAAAAUGUUUACGUGAAAACUUAUUCGACAAUGUGGUAUCUCGUAUUUAUUAUAUUUAUUUCCAUUAAACUAUGCACGCCUCAAAUACGCUAUGUGGAAACACCAGACAUAUCCUACCAAAUAGCUGGCAUCUUUGAAUCAAUGGUGCAAACAGAAAGCUGCGCAUUCAAUGAGAGUAUGCGGUAUAGAAGUCUCGGCGCUUAUAGACUCAACCCCAUUCUUCUGAAGCCAUCUAGAACAGACAGCUAUUCUAUUUGGAAAGAAUUGUGUGCUAACCCAACAAUUAGACCGAUUGCUGUUGUGGGACCCCUACCACCUCUCUCAGAUGGAGCUAUACGAGAUCAGUGCGCGGCGGCAAACAUACCACAUAUACAUGCUUCAUGGCAAAUUGAAGAACCCGAUUUCUAUCCAUCUAGCGAAGAAAUAACUGAAGAUGAAAAUGCUGAUGCAGAAAACGUCGAAGAAGAGGAAGAAGACGAAAACGAUGAGGAAGCAGAACAGUCUGAUUUUAAAAAGAUGUCUAUUAACUUCUAUCCUGACUUUGAAGAAAUUGCUUUGGCAUACGCAAAACUACUAAAGUAUUAUGGUUGGGAAAAUUUUGCUGCUCUUUAUGAAGAUGAUUUUGGAUUACUACGAAUUCAAAAGAUCCUCGCUGAACACAGCACAAAUCAUGUAAUUACAGUGCGCAAAUUGGAUCCAAAUAUGGAUAACCGUCAUGUAUUCAAGGAACUAACCAAGUAUCAAGGAAAUCGUAUUUUGAUAGAUUGCGAUGCAAGUAGAAUAAUGAAAUAUAUGAAUGAUUCCAAAGCUUUGAAUAUGGUUAAUCAUUACCAGCAUUACAUCCUGGUUACAAUAGAGGCAUACAUUGUAGCUGAACAAUUGACAGAAUUCAAUUCUAAUAUCACUUGGCUGAGUCUCUCGAAUUACGAUACACUAAGAAACCCACAACAUUAUUUAGCAUCCAGAGUAGGCAGUUGGAGUUAUCCAGCUACAAGUUCUCCCCUAGUUACCAAUUUCCAGACAGGAGCUCUCUUAAUGGAUGACAUUGCAAAACAUCUUUUAAAAGCACUUCAGUCCAUUGAAGGAUCCAUUCAAAAACCUAGAAGUAAUAUCUGCGCCUCUGAUAGCGAACCCUGGCGUUACGGAGCUGCCCUCCAGAAUGCAAUAUUGCAGACUAACUCCAGUGGUGCCACCGGUACCAUUGUGUUUGACGAAUUCGGAAGACGCACCAACUAUACGUUGUAUGUUAACGAAAUUUAUAUCUCCAAACGCCAAACUAUAGGCACAUGGGAAUCGGUGAAUGGGACGCAAAUAAAUGAAAAUAGACCCACGGAUGAAAACAGUAUAUCCAACCAACAAAGUAAACAUUUUAUUGUGAUAUCAAGAAAAGCGAAACCUUACUUUUAUGAUAAACAAAAAUGUGAAGGUGAAGACUGUGAAGAGGAUGAUGGAGAAAAAUAUGAAGGUUUCUCUGUUGACCUUGUAAAACAUAUUUUUGCAAUACUCAGAGAAGAAAAGUUCAAUUACAGUUAUUCGUUUUUGCACGAAGAGGAUAAACUAUGGGGAAAAUUAGACCCAAAAACAAAAAAAUGGAAUGGUCUCAUAGGCGACCUAUUGGACCAAAAAGCUGACCUAGCAGUAUGUGAUCUAACGAUAACGGAGGAGCGGAAAAAAGUAGUCGACUUUUCAGUACCGUUUAUGUCUCUUGGUAUCAGCAUAUUAUAUACGCAGAAAAAGGAACCAGACCCAGAAUUAUUCUCUUUCCUUAACCCGUAUUCCUUUGACGUGUGGAUUCACACAGCGACGGCGUACUGUGUAGUAUCAAUUGUUCUGUUUGUAUGCGCAAGAAUAUCGCCGGCUGAUUGGGAAAACCCUCAGCCUUGUGAUAAAGAUCCCGAAGAAUUAGAAAAUAUUUGGAACUUCAAGAACUGUACCUGGCUUACCAUGGGAUCCAUUAUGACACAAGGAUGCGAUAUUUUACCCAAGGCAUUAGGCUCACGCUGGGUCUGCAGUAUGUGGUGGUUCUUCGCUAUGAUAGUAUGUCAAACAUACAUCGCCCAACUAUCAGCAUCUAUGACAUCGGCACUAGAAGACGAACCUAUCCACAGCGUGGAGGAUUUGGCAAAGCAAAACAAAAUCCUCUACGGAGCUAUAGCUUCAGGAUCAACCAUGGAAUUCUUUAAGAGCUCCAAAGACAAAAUGUACAGGAAAAUUUAUGAUAAUAUGAUGGCUAAUCCUGUAGUUUUGGUAGACAGUAAUGAUGAAGGUGAAAAGAGAGUUCUUAAUGGGAAAAAUAAGUACGCCUUUUUCAUGGAAUCUUGUACCAUUGAUUACAAGUUGAAAAGAAACUGUGACCUUACUAAAGUUGGGGGUGAAUUGGACUCCAAAGAUUAUGGUAUUGCUAUGCCUGCUAAUUCCCCUUUCAGAAGUCACAUAAAUAAAGCUAUUUUGAAACUCAAGGAGCACACUAUACUUGACGAAAUAAAAACAAAAUGGUGGGAUACAAAGUAUGGUGCUAUAAAAUGUCCCCCCAAAACAGACGACAGCAGCGUAGAAGGAUCCCUUGGGAUGGAAAAUCUAUUUGGUGCCUUUCUAGUACUUAUGGUUGGUCAGGUCUUUUGCCUUUUCAUUGCAGCCGCAGAAUUUUUGAACGAAUGCCGUAAUAUCGUCGUACGAGAACAGGUCACACAUAAAGAAGUCAUCAUCAAGGAGUUGAAAGCAUCCUUGAAUUUCUUCCAACUUCAGAAGCCGGUGUUACGAAACCCCAGUAGAGCGCCAUCUAGAGCUGCGUCUAUGAACUCUGAGACGAAACUAGAAAAACGUGCUGCCAUCUUGGAUAACUUUAUGGACUUUGAGAAAAUGAUGCAGUAAAAUAAUAAUAUUUCAAUUUUUUGUUAGCUGAUUUAUUUAUUUGAAUUCGAGAACUACAGUGUAAACAAUAAAUAACAUCCACCAUAUAUACAAGACCCUUUAUUUAGAAGUUGCAUGGCAUGCAAAUGUGAAUAUUACAAGAAAAUUGUCGAUUUUCAUGAAAUAAAUGAAACGUAUUUUUUC